AUGCUUCAGCGUUUAGUGAGGGUGAGAGCGAUAGCAGUGGCAAUAUCUUCUUCUUCCCCCAAAAUAUCUUCCCCAUAUUCAAUUCCACCCACUUUCACACGCACUCUCACAUUCACACUCUCUCGCUUAUCUUCUACCAUGGCCUCCACCGACGACUCCCUCCGCAAAUCCCUCGCUGACAAGCACGCCGCCGUCGAAGCGCAGGGAAACACCGUCCGCGCGCUGAAGGCCGCUGGUGCACCGAAACCAGAAAUCGACGCCGCCAUCGAAGCCCUAAAUGCUCUCAAGCUGGAGAAAGCCUCCAUCGAACGCUCCCUCCUCGGCGGUUCCGAGACCCGAGAGGCUUUCCGGCAGGCGGUGGUGAACACCCUGGAGCGGCGCCUCUUCUACAUCCCGUCUUUCAAGAUCUACCGCGGCGUCGCCGGCCUCUUCGAUUACGGCCCUCCUGGCUGCGCUGUGAAAUCCAACGUCCUCUCUUUCUGGCGCCAGCACUUCGUUCUCGAAGAGAACAUGCUCGAGGUGGAUUGCCCCUGCGUCACUCCCGAAAUCGUUCUCAAAGCCUCGGGACACGUUGACAAGUUCACCGAUCUCAUGAUGAAAGACGAGAAGACCGGCACGUGCUACCGCGCUGAUCACUUGCUCAAGGAUUUCUGCAACGAGAAGCUUCAGCGUGACCCGACCUUGUCCUCUUACAAGAUUGCGGAGCUGAAGCACGUGCUUGCCACGUUGGAUGAUCUCUCUGCGGAGGAGCUUGGCGCCAAGAUUAGGGACUAUGGGAUUGUUGCUCCGGAGACUAAGAACGCGCUCUCUGACCCUUAUCCUUUCAAUUUGAUGUUUCAGACAUCCAUUGGCCCCUCUGGAUUGAGCCCUGGGUUCAUGAGACCUGAGACUGCGCAGGGCAUCUUUGUGAACUUUAAAGAUUUGUACUAUUACAAUGGGAACAAGCUACCUUUUGCUGCUGCGCAAAUUGGACAGGCGUUUAGGAAUGAGAUAUCUCCACGGCAAGGGCUUCUCAGAGUGCGGGAAUUCACAUUGGCAGAGAUUGAGCAUUUUGUUGACCCUCAAGAUAAGUCUCAUCCCAAGUACGCUGAGGUUGCUGACUUGGAGUUCUUGAUGUUUCCCAGGGAGCAGCAAAUGUCGGGACAGUCUGCCAAGAGGAUUCUUCUUCGUGAUGCUGUUUCCAAGGGAAUUGUCAAUAAUGAGACUCUUGGCUAUUUCAUUGGGAGAGUAUAUCUUUUCUUGACGCGUCUUGGUAUAGACAGUGGGCGAUUGAGAUUUAGGCAACAUCUUGCAAAUGAGAUGGCCCACUAUGCUGCUGACUGUUGGGAUGCUGAGAUUGAGUGCUCCUAUGGUUGGAUUGAGUGUGUUGGAAUUGCCGAUAGAUCUGCAUAUGAUUUGCGUGCUCACUCGGAUAAAAGUGGUGUUCCGCUAGUUGCUCAUGAAAAAUUUUCAGAACCUAAGGAAGUGGAGAAAUUGGUUAUAACUCCAGUAAAGAAAGAGCUGGGUCUGGCAUUCAAGGGGAACCAGAGGAUGGUGGUUGAAGCACUUGAGGCAAUGCCUGAGAAAGAAGCUCUGGAUAUGAAGGCUGCUCUGGAGUCAAAAGGGGAGGUGGAGUUUCAAGUGUGUACACUUGAAAAAAAUGUGACUAUUAAGAAAACUAUGGUCACCAUUCAAAAGGAGAUAAAGAAAGAGCACCAGCGAGUUUUUACACCGUCUGUGAUUGAACCAUCAUUUGGAAUUGGACGGAUAAUUUAUUGCCUCUUUGAGCACACAUUCUACACAAGGCCAAGCAAAGCCGGGGAUGAACAGUUAAAUGUAUUUAGCUUCCCUUCACUUGUAGCUCCUAUUAAGUGUACAGUUUUCCCGCUGGUUCAGAAUCAGAAGUAUGAGGAGGUUGCUAAACUCAUUUCCAAGUCAUUGACCGCUGCUGGAAUUUCACAUAAGAUUGACACUACAGGUACAUCAAUUGGAAAACGAUAUGCAAGAACAGAUGAACUUGGGGUGCCAUUUGCUAUCACUGUAGAUUCAACAUCAUCAGUGACGAUUCGCGAGAGGGACAGCAAGGAUCAAGUGCGUGUUGAUGUGGAAAAAGCUGCCACUGUUGUUAAGGAGGUAACUGAAGGCCAUAGGACAUGGGAAGAUGUGUGGUUAAAUUUUCCUCAUCAUUCUUCUACAUCUGCAGAUGAUUGA